AUGGCGGCACAUCCCGAAAAUAUCGAGGAGUGGUGCUACCUAGUUCCUCAUUUGCUUUCCCAAGCUGGUUGGCAAAGCAUCGCUGAGGGACAGGCGGUCUCCUUCUCUCAUUGCAAAUGCCCUUGGGGCGGAAGUUUGGUGAAGCUGGCUGUGCUGCGCGUGAAGGUGACCGACCCGCCUGAGGACCCAGCGCAUAUCCUUGUCCGGCCAGAGUCGCGGGCCUGGGGUGCCAGCAAGUUUUCGGAGACGAGCCCCGAGUACUUCGCCGUGCAGAAGCAGUUUGCACCAGGAGAUGCAGUGGUGCACAGGUGGGCAUCAUUCAAAAUCUUGCGCAUCUUCGCGGUGCUGCUGGGCGACAUCGGCACGGAGCUUGUGCAGAACCAUUUCUAUGAUCCUGCGUCGGCCGUGGAGCUGCGCGUGCGCACCCGGCGCAACUACCCGCAAACUGGCGACUGCGCCCAGACCCUCACCAGUCUUUCCGAGCCCUUCGAAGCCGUGAACUUCUGCCGCCCUCAUUCAGAACCAGGUUGGUGUGACGUGUACCAUAUCUUCCGAGUGCCUUUGGGACUCAACCUGUCCAAGUGGGCUGCUGCACAAUUCCACGAAGCCAUGGAGUCAGGGAGUAAAGUUGUACAGUACUACCUGAAUCGCCCCGGCAUUCAUCAGAUCCGCCAGUUGGAUCAGGAAUUCUAUGUUGUGCUUUCGAUGCAGAGCUUCAAGCGCGGAUACCCUCUCCUCCCAGUGCAUUCCGGCCAAGGGGACCAUGUCACCAGGAUCGACGCAGGUCAAAGCAUGGGGCUUACAAAUUGGGUCCGCUACGAUCCUGCCCUGGUGGGCAGCCACGGGUUUUACCUCUCCGAGUACCUGCAGCUCUUUACGGAACGCAUCGGCGAACACGAUGUGAGCUUCUAUCAGACCUUGGAUGGUCAAGAGCUUUUGUAUUUCCAAUGCGUCGUGGCACGGGAAGACUGGGCCCGGAUCGAAGACCGCAUGCGAGAUGCGUACCUGCUGCAGAAGACCGCGUACCGCCGCGCGAACGGGGGUGCGCAGGCGCCAGGACUGGGCGAGGCGGGCGCGGCUCGCUUCUGCCACGAGGUCGACUUCACCUCGCUGGAGGCACGCCUCAGCGCCGAUGCGGCUCCUCAGCAGAAGGUCCAGGUGCGAAACACCUUUGUGGAGGUGGAGAGGGAGGCCCAUGACGAAGUGUAUGUUGAUCUCCGGAGAGAGAGACGCUGCCGGACGGUCAUGCCUGCCAGCGCGCCGAGCUCUAUUGCUGUGGCGUGA